CUGAGUAGAUAUAAUCCUGAGAAAGCCGAAAAGGCGAUUAUCGGACGCAUUUAUAAUUCCCUUAACUCAUCAUCUGAAGAUGAUGAAAAGCUUUUCGAAAUAUUUAAGCUGGUUUCGGAGCCCUCCUUCGAUGCUAAAAUUAUCACUGAAGAUUUCUACUAUCCCGAAAUUGAGUGGCUUUCGAACUGUUGUCCACCCCGAUUUCAGGCCUUCCUAGGUAUCAUUAAUUUUUCAAACUGGUCUCAGUUGGUCUGUCCUCAACGGAGAGAUUAUUAUAUUUUAGACCUGAUUUUCACAAAAGACAUGGCUUCCCUUUUCGCUGACUAUAAGCGGGGCUUCUUCCAAAGUGACCAUACAUUAAUUCACUGCUGUCUUCCGGUUGCCUAUACGAGAAAGGCUAGCACCGUUCGUACCUAUUAUGAUUUUGAUCUCACUGAUAUUCACUUAAUUAACAAUUUUGUGGACUCACUAGACUGGCGACCUCUCUCCUCCACAAACAAUGUAAAAAUACUCUGUGACUUCAUGGCGGCAAUUUCAAAUAGCAUCUUGGAAUUUGUGCCAAUAAAAAAUGCCAAGCCCUACACUUCGGACCCCACCAUUCCUCGCUUUCUUUUGCCAGACUAA